UCUCAUCAGUCAUCUCUGGAUCUGCUUCAUCAUCUUUACACAGUGACAUGGACAAACUCAUUCAUCUGAUUUUACUUUCUGGUCUUGCUUCCAUUCAGGGUAGUUUGGAAGAGAAUUUAGCAUUGCAUGGAACAGUUACACAGUCAUCCACACAUCUCACCUGGGUAGCUCAAAAUGCCAUAGAUGGUAAAAAAUAUGGCUCUGAAUACUGCUUUGCUACAUUGAAUCAAAGUAACCCAUGGUGGAGGUUGGAUCUCUUGGAUGUUUAUAACAUCAGUACAGUGAUCAUCACUGCUCACGACGACUAUUUGGAUCAAGCCAACGGAGCCGAGAUUCGUGUCGGAAACUCACUGGAAAACAACGGAAACAACAAUCCCAUAUGUGCUGUAACUUCUGGUCUGCAAGCUGCUCGCACCAUCACUUACUCGUGUCCUGGGAUGUUGGGACGUUAUGUGAAUGUGUUCAUGCCUGGAAGUACAGCUCAUCUGUCUCUGUGUGAGGUGGAGGUGUAUGGAACAGAGAAUUUAGCAUCGAAAGGAACAGUUACACAGUCAACCACAUUGAGCAACUAUGUAGCUGAAAAAGCCAAAGAUAAUGCAAGAUAUGAUGGAGAUAUAUGCUCUGCUACAUUGUUUCAAACUAACCCAUGGUGGAGGUUGGAUCUUCUGGAUGUUUAUAACAUUGGCACAGUGAUCAUCAGUACUAGAUGGUAUCCCGCUGAAACCAACGGAGCAGAGAUUCGUAUUGGAAACUCACUGGACAACAAUGGAAACAACAAUCCCAGAUGUGCUGUAGUUUCUGGUUUUCUAGUUGGUCACACCAUCAGUUACUCAUGUCCUGGGAUGUCGGGACGUUAUGUGAAUGUGUUCAUGCCUGGACUGAUAAAUCGUCUCUCUCUGUGUGAGGUGGAGGUGUAUGGAACAGAGAAUUUUGCAUUUAAGGGAACAGCCACACAGCCAUCAACAUAUCUCACCUGGGUAGCUCAAUAUGCCGUAGAUGGUGUAAGAUAUGGCUCAGUUGAAGCAGAACACUGCUCUUCUACAUCAUCUGAGAGUAACCCAUGGUGGAGGUUGGAUCUUCUGGAUUAUUAUGAGAUUGACACAGUGAUCAUCGCUCCUAAACCAUCCUGCUGUCCUGAAUUUACCACUGGAGUAGAGAUUCGUAUCGGAAACUCGCUGGACAACAAUGGAAACAACAAUCCCAUGUAAAGUUAUUCACUUAAACACCUUUAUAGAGGUCGAUUGCUUUAAACGCCUCCAUUGAGA